GGUGUUUUUCAAGUCUGGGAUUAUGUGGUUUUUGCCUGUAUGCUGGGUAUGUCUGCCGCAAUUGGGAUUUUUCAUGCUUUCAGACGUAAUGGAACUGCACAAGGAACAACUGAAGAUUUUUUGGUUGGAAAUCGACAGAUCUCUGCAUACCCAAUUGCUUUUUCUUUAGCCUCUAGUUUCUUGUCUGCUAUUACAGUAAUUGGAAAUCCUGCUGAGGUGUACACAUAUGGCAUAAUGUUUCUGAUGUUCGCUUUCUCCUGGUUAUUUACAAUGAUUGUCACUUGCUUGAUCUACAUUCCACUCUUCUACAGACUAAACAUAAUUAGCACUUACGAGUAUCUCCACAAACGAUUUGGACCAUUCGUGAGAUAUCAAGCUGUUUGUUGUUUUUUGGUAUAUAUGUUCCUAUAUCUUGGAAUUGUGACCUAUGCGCCUUCAUUAGCACUGAGUCAAGUUACUGGGAUGAACUUGUGGAUUUCGAUUGUAAUGACUGCACUUGUAUGUACAUUCUAUACAACAUUGGGUGGUAUUAAAGCUGUUGUGUGGACAGAUGUCUUCCAAGUAUGUGUGAUGUUUUCUGGCCUCCUUGCUGUGCUGAUUCAAGGAUCAAUUCACUUUGGAGGAUUUAGGAAGAUCUGGAGUAUUGCUGAGGAUGGUGGACGACUUAAUUUUUUAGACUUUGAUCCUGAUCCUAGAAGAAGACAUACAUUUUGGACCAUAAUGGUAGGAGGCACAUUUGGAUGGACAGCAACAUAUGGUUGUAACCAAGCACAAGUACAAAGAUACCUGGCCUGCAAGAGUGAAAUAGAUGCAAAAAAAGCCGUAAUGCUGAACUGGAUUGGUAUGAUUAUUAUACUCUCUAUAGCCUGUUUGUGUGGUUUAGUGUUGUAUGCAGUUUAUGAAACCUGUGAUCCAAUAAAAGCUGGGAUGGUCAACAACUCCAAUCAGUUGAUGCCACUAUUGGUUAUGGAGAUCUUAGGUCACAUGCCUGGAGUUCCUGGACUCUUUGUGGCCAGUGCAUAUGGUGGCACACUGAGCACGAUCUCUUCUGGUAUCAAUGCAAUGACUGCAGUAAUGGUGGAAGAUUUUAUAAAACCAAUUUGGAAGUCGUGGGAUCACUUUUCUGCUAGAAAGCAGACCAUGAUUUCAAAAUUCCUAGCUAUGAUGUUUGGAUUUCUUACAAUAGGCUUGGCUGGGGCAGCAUCUCUCUUAAAAGGAAACAUAAUUCAGGCAGCAUUGAGUGUUGCAGGAGUGAUUCAAGGCCCCAUACUUGGUGUAUUCACUUUAGCAGCUUUGUUUCCAAAGUCCAAUGGCAAGGGUGCUUUUACAGGUUUAUCUGUAGGUUUAAUUCUUGGUAUGUGGAUAGGGAUUGGUGCUCAGAUCUAUCCACCUAGCGAUGAAUUUACAAAAGUACUUAAAACAUCAAUUGCAGGCUGCCUGGAACCAAAUUCCACUAUCUCAACUCCGGCAAAUAUAACAACCUGGACAGUCACCAUGAUAAACCAUACAUCACAGGAAGCAAGGCCCAGCAUAGCAGACAAUUUCUAUUCUUUAUCCUACCUCUACUAUAGUUCAGUUGGUUGUUGCAGCACAUUGUUAGUAGGUUUAAUAGUCAGUAUGUUUACUUGUAAGACUGGAGUGGAAGAUGUGGAUCCUACUCUAAUAGCACCCAUAAGGCAUACUAUUCACAAUUUCUUCAGAAGGGAAAGAGUGCUGCCAUUAUUCAAAAAAAAUCAAAACACACUAAACCAAUGUCCAGCAGAUAAUCCAGGUUUCAAGAAAAGCCUCGAAAGUUUUGAGAAUACAACACAAGGAUUAAAUUAUAUAGAAUCAACAGAGAUGUAAAAUGUGUUGUGUGUGAAAAAUACAUUUUUGAUAAGAUUGAUGAUGUAUUGUUCAGAUGAAGAAAUGUUCAGAAUGCAGUACAUUUGGUCAACUCAGAGUAUAUGGAAUACUUCUGUUACUCUAUUAGUUUAAUUGCUUCUUCCCUAAACCCUAUUCAAUUCUCUUUUGAAUAAGCAGUUACUGAUACACAAUUUCCACUAUCUCUCUCUGAGAUAUAUCCACUAUGGCCAAAUUAGAUGAAUCUAAACUAUUCAGUUUCCCCUUCUGAACCUAAAUCAAUGCUCCCUUUUUUGUAGAGCACAUGGUAAUGUGAAACAUCCGAUUUGCAUUUAAUUUGAUUUUUUUUCAUUAGUACUAUAUAUGACUGCUGUAUUGAUUCAGAUCCAUAUCUUUCUGAAUGUCAUCAUUAAAUGCAGAAUUUGCUUUGAAUAUCUUUACUACUUGUUAAAUAUAUUACCCUGUAUGUAACCUAAUGGAAAGCAGUAUUAAUGAUGGA